UCACUGUCCGGUGCUCUACCUCGCGCGACCCCGACGACGACAUCAUCCAUCUUCCUCUCUCACUUCCUCUUUCCAAUCACUUCUUCGACCUCGACAUCGAGCUACACGUCUAUUCCACUUCUCAACGCGACACCCUCACCGCCCACUUCCUGUGCUAGCCCAUGCUAUAACCAACAUCCAACAUGGCCGACGACGCGGCUCGAGACGCGAUGUGGGGUAGCUUCGACGAGGAGGGCGACCUCUGCCGCGUGUGUCGAACAGAGGCAGAAGAUUCCAAGCCCCUCAUCUAUCCAUGCAAGUGCUCUGGAUCUGUUCGAUAUGUGCACUCAGACUGCUUGCAAGAGUGGCUAUCGCGCAGCAAGAAGCGCUACUGCGAGAUUUGUGGCCACCCCUACACCUUCACCAAAGUCUAUCCCUCGUCCUUACCUUCCGUUAUUCCUACGAUGGUGUACAUUCGCCAAUCACUCUUUGUGGCAGGUCGUUUGGCAUGGCGAGUUAUGCGCAUAUGCAUCGCCAUUGUCAGCUGGCUGGUCAUUCUACCCGUCAUUACCAUGGCAUCACUACGGAUCAUUCUAGCCGUGGUGGACCACAUUGCCCACGCUAGCUUAUCCUACGGGCUAAAAUCCGCUAUCACGGAUAGUUACCACGAUCUUAACGGGACCUUUGUUCUAUCCAACGACACCGAUGGACGCCCCCGCGGUCGUGACCUCGUACUCAAUGCGGUUGCAACAAAUGGCACGCUCGAUUUCCUCCCUACGUUUUUCGACCGCAUAUCCGCAGAUGGGCGAAACCCCAUCGCAUUCGUCUUCCGCGGGCAGAUUGUCGCCAUCUCCGUCGCCACUGGUCUUAUUGGCCUGAUCCUGCUACGUGAGUGGAUUGCGCAGCAAGAGUGGCAUGCGCGUCCGCCAGUGGAAGAGGAGGGCGAGUUCGACACAAGUCUGUGGACAUUUCGCAACGGUCAGGCCAUCCGCCUCACGGACAUCGAGCAUUCUAGCAAUGCCGAGUCAAAUAGAGCCGCUGCUGGCACUGACGUGGGCGACACCGGAGACACAGAGACCAUUAUUGCGGAUGGUGACUUGGACUCUCAAGGCCCCGUUGCGCCCCACGAGACUGAGGAGGGCGACAUGGAACAUGACACGGAAGAGUCGCCUGCCCUGCCGGCGGAAGUGAUCGAUACUGCCCGGGAGCAGGCGCAGGAACGCAAGCCUCGGCCGGCUUUAACGCACGCCUCCUUUGAUGCGUUGACGCGUGUUGGGGAGGCUACCGCCAGGAUUCCACUGUGGGAGAACAACGCUGAGGCGGGGCCAUCUCGAGGUGUCGCGGACGUGCCCGAGGACGUGGUCGCCGACACGCCGCCCCUGUUGACCUCUCAGCAACUUGAUACACCGCGCGCUAGUGGUCAAGAGAGCCCUCAUGGUACUCGCCAUGAGGACGAUUUUUUCGAGACGCUGGAGACUGUCCCGGGCGGAGCCGGUAGCCAGAGCACGCUUGAGUUCUCGCCGACUUUCCGCCGCGCCUCUGAUCCUGGGCCGGAUGGUAACCUCGAGUCCCCUCGCGCAGAGCGGCAGUUCGGGUCUCAAGGCCUGAUGGAGCCGGCGCUGCCAAUUAUUGCCGAAUCGCCCCCUGACACGCCCCCCUUGGAUGUUCAGCAAGCACUCGACACACGCAUGGGUGCGCUACUUGGCGUUCCCGACGGCCCCUCGUCGCCGGAAAGUGUAGGGACGCCCGAGACAGGCGAAUUUGAGCACGACGAUCAGGUUUUGAGAGGGGAGACAUCUCCAGGCGACCUCGUGCGCACGGAGACGGAGGACAACGAGACCGACGUUGACGUCGACCAGGAGACGGACGCCAACGCGGACGUUGAACUGGAGCAUAUUGAGGAGAGGGUGGAGGUCGAUGACCCCCAAUGGCGCCACUUUGAGGCAGCCUUGGGCGACGAUGACCGCUUUGUCGUGAAUGUGGAGUUUGUCCAGCAGGUUAUGGCGCGCAACGAAUUAGAUGGUGUUGGCAUGGAAAUCCCACCCGAGGACGAAGACGACCGGCCACUGGACGCUGAGGACUGGGACGGGAUCUUCGAAGUUGUUGGCUUCAUCGGCCCCCUCACGGGCCUUCUUCACAACCAUAUCUUUGUCAGCUUCGCCAUGGCUUUCACUUUGACCGUCAUGGUUGGUCUGCCCACCUUCGUUGGCAAGGUUGUUUUGGCUACCGACUUCAUCCGCGCCUCUGGGGACGGGUUCAUCACGACCAUCCGCUCAAUCUCAUUCGUCUCCGACUGCCUUUUACGGGGUGUUGCGAUGAUUUUGAAGGAGCUCCUGGCAUUUCCUCGUCUUGUUGCUAAGCCUGCGACCGACUAUAUCAUGGAUUCACUCAACGUAACGUCGAUUGCUCAGGCUUUUGACCACACCGCCAGCUUAUUCUCACAUCCUAUUGUCGCGCCGGAGGCCAUCGCUUCGAUUAACUACACCUCCGAUGUGCCCGUAGUUGGAGUGCUCAUCGAUCAGGCAAUCAGUGGUCUCGAAGUUGUCGGAGAGACGGCACACACCUUCUACAAGACACUGCGCCUAGGAUCAAUCUCCAUCGCAGCAUCGCCUGAUUCCGGCGAUCACUUUGUGUCGUUAAUGGUGGGUUACAUGACAUUGUCGUUGGCCGUCAUCUGCAUCGCCAUCAUCGACGCAGCAAAUCUGAUCCAACUCUCGCAUUCGUUCAUGGAAAGGGCGCGCACAGUGCAAACCUUUUUGAAGGUUGUGUUCUUUAUGACGCUCGAGAUCGUUUGCUUCCCAAUUUUCGUCGGAAUCGUGAUUGAUUUGUGCACGCUCCCGCUGUUUGGCACUACCAUGAGCCAGCGCCUUGUUCGUAUCGCGGGCAUAUCAUUUGGCAAGAUCUUUGUGACAUGGGCCUGCGGCACUGUGUUCAUGAUCUCCUUCGCGGCCUUUUUAACGCACAUGCGGACGAUCUCGCGCGCCGGCGCGCUCUACUUCAUUCGCGACCCAUCUGAUCCCACGCACUCGCCUGUCAAGGAGAUCAUGGAUCGCCCUGCGCUCGCUCAAUUCCCGAGAUUGGCAGUCUCAGCUACCAUGUACACAGUGGUUGUUUUCGCGGUAUGCGGCGCUGUGCCGUGGCUCCUGCACGCAUUCUCAGCUCUAGGUUUUUUCAGCGACUUUCUGCCCUUGCGCCUCGACCAACGACCAUUGUCAUCGGUGCCUUUCGACAUUCUCUUCCUCCAUCUCAUCAUUCCCCCGUCCUGGGAGAUGCUGUAUCUACCCCACCGAAUGAGGAAGCUCUUCGUUGUGUGGUGGGGAUACGCAGUAAAAAAGCUUCGCCUGGUUUCACUCAUUUUCGGCAUGGAGGUUCGCCCCAAGCCCUCAUCCUAUGGCUCGCAUAUCGCCUGGCUUUUGGCUGACGCUGCUUGCCAGUUCAUUUUCGGCAGGUAUGACAAUCGCGCGACACGAGCUCGCGUUCCGGCGAGCGACAGAGUGGAGCUAGCGACCCUGGCCGAGCGCAGACGGGAGGGUGUUUUUAUUCCUGUCGACCAGAGAGGAGCGCCUAGGACUGAAGCUGAUCGCAUUCGACUCCUCAAACAAGACUUUGCAGCUCGCAAGGCAGGGCGCAAUCCCAAAGCCGAUUACACCAUUGUGUCGCUACCAGACUUUUGGCGGACCCGGGUUUAUGCGUUGUUGGCGUUUAUGCUCUUCUCGGCGUCAUGCGUGACGGCUGGCCUCAUCUUUGUUCCCUUGGCGCUUGGGCGUCAAGCAACAGCGUUGUGGUUCGGUGCACCGGUGUAUGACGGGUACAGCUGGGUCGUCGGUAUCUACCUAUGUCUGAUCUCGUACAACAUGGGGCAGAGCGCAAAGAAGCACAUCAUUGAUUCGUCUCGGGCCGAGCGGUUGCGCCGCUCGCAGAAGUCAACCCGGGUCAAGAGGUGGCUUCUCGGCGUGACACGCGCCGUCUACGCGGUGUUCAUGUUAUACCUCGUCUUGCCACUCAUUGUCGGCAUCAACUUCGAGCUGUUUAUCUCCCUCCCGGUGCGCUACGGGUUCUCAAACGACAUUGCUCCAGUCCUGCACGUGUGGGACGCGUGGGCAACCGGCACAUCAAUGAUCUCUCUCUACGUUGGCGGUGUAGGCCUGGCAGCAGACGAAGCGCUUCCUCGGGUGCCGCCAACGUUCCGCGACGCCUUCAAGAGACCCUUGCGUAUGAAGUUUGGCUACAUCACCAAACUUACGGUUCCGCUUGCAGGGUAUCUUAUCAUCCCAAUUAUCUUACCGUGGUUCAUUUUUGUCGCACUGCGCUCGAGCCUGCAGAUGAUCGGGGUGCCAUUACCUCAGGUUGACAACGGAUGGGCUUUCCGGAUGAUGUACCCCGUCAGCACAACGGUGCUACUCGUGUCCAUGUCGUGGCGCAUGAUCGCCGCGGUCCUCGCGCGCGUGCGACAGUGGAUGAUCGACGCCGAGUAUGUGGUGGAGGAAAGGGUUGAGAACUACGAACCCGGGGCUGAGGCGGAAGUUGAGGGGGAGGUAAGGUGGCCUCCCAUUGCUGCGGAAAACGAGGGCAUCCCAGAUGUCUUGGAGGCAGAAGAAGGGUGGGUGGUCCUCGAAGAGUAACCCUGCAUAGAAUACCCAGAAUCUUUACAUAGUAGUAGUAGUGUAUCAGCUCAGAGCGCGCAAUACUUAGUGACCGUGCAUACUUUAUACAACCUGAUGUGCUCACUGCGGUCAU